AUGAAGAUCUCUCUCCUCCUGCCCCUCCUCUCAUAUACGGUGGCCUCGGUCCAAGCCGACUGGGUGCAAACCAUCGUGAAGGACAUCAAGAAUGCCAUCACUUGUGCCGGAUGUGAAGGACUCCUGGGGGCCCUCAAGUUGGUGGCCGACAUUGGGGAGGGGACUUUGAUCCGGGUGAUAACCGACGUGUGCAUUGUUACCAAUAUCGAAGACAAGGACGUCUGCACCGGUCUCAUCGCCGAACAAGGCCCUUCCGUCUACUACGCAUUGAAAAACCUACAUCUAGGCUCGGACACCUCGCACAGCUUCUGUGCCCACGUCCUAGGCCUGUGCGAAUAUCCCCCCGUAAAUACGAAUCUCAAUCUAUCCAAGGCCCCUGCGGCCAGUCGUCCCACUCCCAGCGGUAAAAAUCCCCUUCGCAUCGCCCACAUCAGCGAUACACAUGUCGACCAUGCCUACGAACCGGGAACGAGCGCCUUCUGCACGAAGCCGAUCUGCUGCCGUGCAUGGAACGACGACAACAAGAAUGGAAAUGUCGAUGCCCCCUGCGGUGUCUGGGGAGAUCCGCAUGCUGAUCCCCCUGAUCGCCUCGAAGCCAGUAUGAUUGCCUCUGUAGCGGAACAUGACCCCGGCUUCACCUUGUACACGGGCGACGUGCCACCGCAUGAUAUCUGGAUGGUGAACAAGUCGGAGGUUCUCUCGGACAUCCAGUCGACGUAUGGUCAAUUAGGGAAAUUGGGAACCGUCUACGCUGCCCUGGGGAAUCACGACGCCGCGCCGGUCAAUCUUUUCCCUGCGCCUCCCAUUCCAGCGGAAUAUAGUCCUCAAUGGGCAUACGAUGCCCUAGCUGAUGAAUGGACCAAACUCUCCUCGCCUAAAUCCAAAUCCUCCGCUCCAAAUGGAUGCUACUCAGCAAUCCACAACAACAGACUCCGAAUCAUCUCCUACAACAGCAUCCUGUACUAUAAAUACAACUUCUAUGCCUGGCAGGAUCCAAUGCCCACCGACCCAGAUGGCGUCCUCGCCUGGAUCAAGAAUGAGCUCUCCGAGGCAGAAUCCGCCCAUCAACGCGUCUGGCUGAUCGCCCACAUCCCCUCCGGCGGACCAGAUACAUUACACGAAUACUCCGCGGGACUGGACCAGCUCGUGACUCGGUAUCGGAAUACCAUCGCGGCCGUGUUCUACGGACACACGCACACAGACGGAUUCCAGAUCUCGUAUACGGAUUAUGAACAUCGCACGGCUGACUCGGCCGCAGCGAUCGGAUACAUUGCGCCUUCACUAACGCCUACAUCUGGACCCCCGGCGUAUCGGAUCUACGAGGUCGAUCCGGUGACUUUCGCGGUGUUGGAUUAUACAGAGUACGUCGCCAACGUCACCUCGUUAUCCCCCGAGGAUCAAGAGGAAGAGAAAAAUCCCCAAUGGACAAAAUAUUACUCUGCCAAAGAAGCAUAUGGGAAACAUCUCGAUCCCCCCAUUACCGAUCCAACGGUGGAAUUGUCCCCUGCGUUCUGGCACAAUGUCACCCUCGCUAUGGAGAGGGACCCCCAGAUCUUCAGGGACUACUGGGCCCGUACGACCCGCGGGUAUAAUGUCACCCAGUGUGAGGGCGAUUGUGCCACGAAGGAGAUAUGUGCGUUGCGCGCGGGCGAUGCGCGGUUCAAUUGUGAUAAAGGGGGGGAUUUUAGUGGUUUGAAGAGAGAGCUCCCGGACAGGCCGGUUUGUGACGAUGGGUUGGCCCGUCUGCUGAGGAAGAUGGUCAGUGAGAGGGCGGACCUGGAGCAUCUGAUUCUUAGACAUCCGGAGAUUCGGAAUUGUACUGCAUGA